CGCGGGAGGGGGCGGUACGGCCGGAAGGCGUCGCGCAGCCGGUGGCGCCGGGGCCGCCUCUCCGGGGAGCGGCCCGGGAAGCAGCGGGGCGGGCCCUGUUCGCCGAGCAGAGCAGAGUGGGGCGGAGCGGCGCGGCGGGCGCGUCCGGAGCCGUGCAGGGUCGGGGACGGGGCCGCAGCUGCCCGCCGGCGCUGGUGGAAUGGAGACUGAUUGCAAUCCUAUGGAGUUACCUGGUAACGCAGGGUUUGAAGAGGAUUCUGAUUAUAGAGACUUUGAAGGAACGGACGUGAAAGAUAUGAGACUAGAAGCCGAAGCUGUUGUAAAUGAUGUUUUGUUUGCUGUCAGCAACAUGUUUGUGUCAAAAACUCUUCCCUGUGCAGAGGAUGUGGCAUAUAUCAAUGUGGAAACCAGGGAAAGGAACAGAUACUGUCUGGAGCUCACUGAAGCAGGACUCAGGGUGGUAGCUUAUGAUUUUGAUCAGACUGAUGACAGACUGCAAACUCCGUAUCAUGAAACUGUCUACUCCUUGUUGGACUCUCUCAGCCCUGCAUAUCGAGAGGUGUUUGGAAAUGCAAUACUACAAAGACUGGAAGCUUUGAAGAAAGAAAGUCAGUCAUGAUUUACCCAGAUAAGAGGAAGAUUUAGUACCAGAAGGAAUUCUUUGUAUGAAGCACUGAGAUCUUCCUUGCAAACAUCUUAAGCUUCAUUUCUUGCAUUAGUCUGCUUCAUGCUAGUACAUUAUUAAUAAUGUUUAUAUGUUAUACCAAGUAUAUUAUAUAACAUUUUGCUACCAUGGAUUUGCAUAUAUCACAAUAUUGUUAAAAGCCACUUGGAUAAAUAGCGGAAAAAAUUCUUAAUUUUAUUUUUUGUUGUAAAUGAGCACGUAAGUUGCUCCAUACCAUGUUCAAAAACCUUGGUCUCUUUUCCUAAUUUUAGUAUUCAAAACUAAAAGAAUAGAGACUGAAUGUUAUAGAUAUAAGUAGUAUUUCUUUGUGUGUGUGCUGAUAAUUUUCAUGCCUUUUUUCAAAAUAGAAAGUAACUAUUUGCUCUACCCAGUUAAUGAAAAAAAUAACUGGAAAACUUCUGCAAAGAAUUUCUCCUUGAUUUGCUAUACAUAAAUCUGAAAGUUGUCAGCUUUGUAGCUAGAAAGAUGGUUCUUCAACAGUUGAGCAUUGCUUAUAUAGUGGCAGUAUCUGAAUUAAAAGCAAGGCUCAGCAUCAAUUGAUCUGUCCUUGUCUAUGGCAACCAGCAAGGUCCAAAUAAUACACGGGAGGAACUGCUUAUAUAUGAAUGUAUUGUCUGAACCACGAAUGAUUAAGCACAGAAUUACAUUUCCUAAAAUGAUGUUAUAUAUGCUCUAUAUAUGUAUGAUAUACUGCAACUGGUUGAGAGGCUUAGAAGGCCUGUUUACUAUUUUGAAUGUGUGUUUACAUAAUGUACAGGAUAUACUCAAGAGUAUUUUUGCUUCAGCCUUUACUUUCUAUAAUACAGUACUUUGGUACUCCAAAUUUUCACGUUCUUCUCCCUCAAUUGUACAGUGUCCUCUCCUAGUGAAUACUAAAGUAAGCACUGUAAUGUUAAUUGCAUUGUAUUGGUUUGAAACCAAAGGCUGUAUGAAAUUUGCUAAGACUAAUACAAGCUGGAAGAUAUAACUUGUAUUUUCUACUUAAAAACUGGUACAACUCUCUUUAUAAAUCUGUUGUUCUGCUAUAACUUUUCAAGUAUGUACUGAAUGGUAGACUUUUUAAAAUUUAGAGUUGGGUAGAAAUGCUUGUACAGUUGAAAUGACAUUCUGUGACAUUCAUACUUUCUGUAUUCUAUUAUUCUGUAUUUGUGUGUCUUUAUUUAAACAAUCCUGCCAUUAUUCUUCUAUGGUUUUGUGACAAGUACAUGCAGUAGCAUUUUUAGAGCCAUCUUUAGGGAUCUAUUGGUUCUCACAGAUUCCAGUGACUUCAGUAGAGGUAUGUUGACUUCUACCUGCUAUGGGUUAGUCAUACUGAUCAGACAAGCCUAGUAGAUCUUUUGUAAUGGCUUUGGGUCAGCAAUGAGCAACCAUGACAACUGUAAUUAGUGCUUCUGUUUUCAAGAGCUUAAUUUCGUGCUUAUUAUCUAUUUGGGUUGAAAUUUUUGAAAGUAGUCCACUGCCCUAGGGUAUGCUUCCAUGCUCCAAAAAUCGUUCAUAGGCUCUCUUUUGCACACAGGUCUGUGGCACGUGGUUAGUCCUCUGUGAGGAGAAUGUACUUUAGCAAUUUAUAUUUGAAUAUUUUUCCUUGCAACUGAUUUACUUGUCCAAUUUCAACGACUCAAGAAUUAAAUAAAUGGACCAGUGCGUU